GUCUGUUUUACGUAUAAAUUUGUCAAAAAAGUUGUUUUAUUCUUAACAUAAAGGGUUCUUCGUGAUCCCUUUCAUAGAUAUUCAAAAAUGGUUCUGUUAACGAUGAUUUCCCGGGUUGCUGAUGGGCUUGCACUGGCAGCUUCUGUACAAGAGGAUGAACAAGCUGGUAGAAGCUUAAUGGAAUAUCAAACACAAGCUAAACAGUUAUUUCGUAAAUUGUCUCAAGAUCCUCAACCUCCUACCAGAUGUAGUUUAGAAAGUGGUCCUUAUAUAUUUCAUUAUCUGAUAGAAAGAGGUGUGUGUUUUCUAUGUCUGUGUGAUAAGAAUUUCUCAAAGAGACUAGCCUAUACAUUUUUAGAAGAUUUACAAGUAGAAUUUAUGAAUCAAUAUAGUUCUAAAGUAGAAACUGUAUCAAGGCCCUACAGUUUUAUUGAAUUUGAUACAUAUAUACAGAAAACCAGAAAAUCUUAUAUGGAUUCCAGAGCUAGAAGAAAUUUAACCAAUAUCAAUACUGAAUUACAUGAUGUACAGAGAAUAAUGGUACAAAAUAUAGAUGAUGUUUUACAGCGUGGAGAAACUCUAUCAGCCCUAGAUUCAAAAGCCAGUAAUUUAUCCAGCUUGUCUCAGAAAUAUAAAAAAGAUGCCAAAUAUUUGAAUUUACGGUCGACCUAUGCUAAAAUAGGAGCCAUAGUUAUUGUUAUUAUUGUUUUCUUGUUAUUUAUUCGUUAUUGGAUAUUGUGAAUCCAGUUCUUUUUUUAUCUUUUCCAAACAGGGGAGUGUUCUAAUGGAGAAUCUUUCAUUAGAAUCAACGUCUAUUCUUCCAUGAGACUUACACAAUUUCUAUCACAUUUUGUGCAAUUCUAAUAAUAAAAGUGUUCUAUAAUAUCAUGUUAAAUAUUGGUUUCAAUCAGUUCAGUCUUAUUUUGCAUUGACAAAAAAUAUUGUCCAUGUCUAAAAACAUUCAAUUGACAAAGCUCAAAGUCUUACAAAAAGCACAUGAAUGAAUGUGUGUUAAGAGUGAAUGGUAAAUUUUCAUUAAUGUUGUGUUGUCUAAGAUUGUAUCUAGUCUUAUUGUAUUGCUGGGUUACGUAAUGGUAAACUCUUUAUGCCAAAUAGCCAAGAUUAUAAUAAUAUGUGUAUGCUGCAGAAUAAAUAGGUUGUACAAGUAGUCUAAUAAAAUUGUAAUAACGUGAACAUCUGGAUGAGAGUUUCUAGAAUAAUUUGUAAAUAAACAUUGUUAUGUUAUUGUAAUCUGUUAUCAUUAUGUAAAUUAUUCAUUGAAAAUUCUUAUCUUGUAAAUAAUAACAUAAAAAUAAAUGCAUUUUAAACUCUU